CGGCGUCGCCCCGGUGGACUGUGAUGCAGAGUGCCAUGUUCCUGGCUGUCCAGCACGACUGCGGCCCCAUGGACAGCAGCGCAGGCAGCGGCCCCAAGAGCGAGGAGAAGCGGGAAAAGAUGAAACGAACCCUCUUAAAAGAUUGGAAGAACCGUUUGAGCUACUUCUUGCAAAAUUCCUCCACUCCUGGGAAGCCCAAAACCAAUAAGAAAAACAAACAGCAAACUUUCAUUAAGCCUUCUCCUGAGGAAGCACAGCUGUGGUCAGAAGCAUUCGAUGAGCUGCUGGCCAGUAAAUAUGGUCUUGCUGCGUUCAGGGCUUUUUUAAAAUCUGAAUUCUGUGAAGAAAAUAUUGAAUUCUGGCUGGCCUGUGAAGACUUCAAAAAAACCAAAUCACCCCAAAAGCUGUCCUCAAAAGCAAAGAAAAUAUAUACUGACUUCAUAGAAAAGGAAGCUCCAAAAGAGAUAAACAUCGACUUUCAAACCAAAACCCUGAUUGCUCAAAAUAUACAAGAGGCUACGAGUGGCUGCUUUACAACUGCCCAGAAAAGGGUCUACAGCUUGAUGGAGAACAACUCUUAUCCCCGUUUCUUGGAGUCAGAAUUCUACCAGGACUUGUGUAAAAAGCCUCAGAUAACCACAGAGCCCCAUGCUACAUGAGAUGAAAAAGGGAGCCCCAAAAUGGGAGGACAUUUCAUUCUUUUUCCUAUGGGGAAAGUCUGUGACCUACCAAAAAGACUGACCUUGAAUUUUCAGCCUGGGUGUUCAGGAAACAUCACUCAGAACUAUUGAUUCAAAGUUGGGUAGUGAAUCAGGAAGCCAGUAACUGUCUAGGAGAAGCUUGUGUCAGGACAGCUUCCCUCACUGUACAGAACACAGGGAGGGAAUCUGGUUGGAAUGUGGUGGCUCACACUGAAAGAGCGGGAAUGUGAAAUGAUUACGAUGUAAUUCUUUUGGUACAAAGGCGUUUAAAAUCAAUAGGUCUGGGAUUAUGUGGCCUUAGCGAGCUGGCUGUACAUCUUUCCCUACAUCAGCCCAUGUUACCAUGUAGUGGUUUUAGCUUUAGUUUUUUAGUACUUAGUAACAUUAAAAUGUUUACUAUGUGCAAGGGUAGUGAAGUUCUUAUGACCACAGAGCAUCAGUGCUGUUGUCUCACAUGACACUGAAACUGACGUGGUCCGUGUUCGUGUUAUUAAUGGCGUGUGAAAUAGAAUGAGUGCUGUUGUGUAGAAACUACAAUGUCUGUUGUGAGUGCCAAAAUCAGUCUUGAAGGCAGCUAAACUUUGAAGUGGUCUUUGAAUACUUUUAAUAAAUUUAUUUUGAUAAAUAACAUCAUUGAA